AGAGCCUCAGAGGGGAUUGAACUUCUUCCGUUGCCGGUCCCUCCCUAUGGAUUGAGCUUCUGUUUAAUGAUAUGCAAGCCCCCUCUGUGCCUAUCUAUAAAACUCGUCUGAAAACACACUUUUAUUCUUUGGCUUUUGACUCAGCAUGAGACUGCACAGUUGUUCUUGUGUUUACUGUCUUUGUUAUUAUAGUAUUGUUUAAACCAUCUUGGUUUUUAUAGGUCUGAUGUUUACUUCAUGUACAAUGCAUCACUUUUUAUGCAGCUGUGAAUCUUUCAAAAGUGCACUAAAAAUAUGAUUGAGUUGAGUUGAAUCUUGAUUCCAGUCUAUCCUGUGUAAAAACAAACAAACAAAACAACAGAAAACAAUGCAACUAAAUAUUCCAGGUGUCAAAUAUCUAAAUAAUAUAAGCACAGUUCCAAAUGUGUCAUAAGCCUACUUACUGUAUGUGUUUUUUUUUUAAACUAAAAGUACACUUGAAUGAGCUAUUUGGAGGGAGGGAGAGUUGUAAAAGUGCCCAGCAGUUGCGAGUUGUUCUUUUUCCCCCCCAGUGCUUAAUUGGAAACACAUUUUUUUUUCUGUAACUUUUUGAGGGAAACAGGAAGGGCGUGAGGGCUAUAGUGAAGGAGAAAGAGGGAAAAAAGACCCAAAAGAGAGACUAUAUUCCUAACCUAUUGACCCUUCUAUACAUUAUCUUCAAAAUAUUUCCUCCCGUCUGACUAUGCUGGCUAUGUUUGCAGGCGUGCCAUUGAUCCUAAAAAUGGUCUCCUAUUCCAUUUCUCAUUCCAUGAGAAAGUAUUUGCCAAAGGGACAUUUACAUCUGCCAACUCAGCACCAUCUGCGAGCACUUACUAAGGUGUUUAACCUGCUGCUUCUCCCAUAUAAUGAAGUGUUAAAGCCGCAAAACACUGAACAACGUGCUGUUCUCAUUUGUCUCAGAACAACCAGACAUGCUGCUUACAUUAUUUUAGUUUUAAAGUCUUGCAGCCACGCAGUCUUUCGACGCCCCCAAUCAUCAAUCAAUUGCCAGCGGUUGAACAUGUUUCAGUGACAAAAUAUCUGAGAUCCUCCCGUCGAACAUUCUUCAUCUGGAGUCUCUCUUCAAGUACAUCAAUAAUCUAUGUCUGGGAUCUUUGAUGGGGCAAGUGAAACCAAACUAUUUGAAAAUACAAGAAAACGACAUCACAACAUGUCAUAGUUCCUGUCUUUGACGUGAUGUUUUAAUCUUUGUGACGACAACGCUUUAGUUAUUUAUAACUGUUUAGCUCGAAGGUUAGUUAAAUUGGAUGUCAUUUUGCCUUUUUUAAUUCCUUUAUCAAGUUAAAUGUUACUGUAGCUAUAGCAACAACGGUAGAAGCCAACGACAUUUGAUUUUCUUGUUCUUUCCCACUCCCGUUUGUGCUUUCAAUGCAAUCAUUCCUACGUUUCUGACCUUAUUCAAAGUCAUCCCUCAGCAGGGAUGGAGAUCGUUCAUGAAUAUGUGAAGCUGCGUAGUGACUUUGGUCGCCAGUGUCUCUUUUCAGACCGUCAUGUGGAGCUGCUCGUCGAUCUUCCUCCGAACCCAAAACUGGCAAUGCAGUUCGUUCUGAAGGAGACAAGAGACCUGGGAGUGCAAGGCUGCUGGGAAAUGUCGGAGCAUGAGGUUAACACAGAAAGGAUCGAGUAUGACAUUCAGGGAAUAAAUCAUGUGGAAGGGGGGUGGCCCAAAGAUAUCAACUCACUAGAGAUGGAGCAAACUAUUCGUUUUCGAAAAAAGGUGGAGAAAGAUGAAAUCUACAUGAAUAGCAUUCAGGUGCUAGGCGAGCUUAUAGCACAAUGUGUUGGACAGAACAAUGCUGUGGACAUUUACCAAGAGUACUUUAAGGAUGAGGAAUUGCUGGAUGAAAUUCAGGAAGCCCCUUCGGUGAAGAUCGUCAACAAAUACAGAGACCCGAAUCAGGUAAAACGAAACAUCACCUGUCUUUCUUGGCAACCCAGUGGCGGCUCAAACCUGGCGGCGGCUUACUCCUGCCUUGAGUGGCAGAAAGCCACAGCAGACUUAAGCAAAGACUCGUACAUCUGGGACAUUGAGAGCCCCAACAAACCGCGGAGUGUUCUCAAACCGACAUCUCAACUUGUUUGUCUGGCUUACAACCCCCAGGACCUUAACUUUCUUGUCAGUGGGAGCCUCAAUGGACAGAUCAUGUUAUGGGACCCUCGUGCUGGCCAACACCCUACGACAGUUUCCCCUUUAGAGAAGAGUCAUAUGGACCCUGUUUACGAGAUCAUCUGGUUGCAAUCCGCUACUGAGACAGAAGCCUUCUCUGCCUCCACCGAUGGACAGAUACUGUGGUGGGAUGUGCGUCAAAUGAGUGAGCCCACAGAGCGACUGAUGCUGGACCUGAGUCGGAAGGAAAACCCAGACAAUGCUUUAGGAGCCAUCUCAAUGGCGUACAGCGUGACCAUGCCAGAUACAUUCAUAGUGGGAACGGAACAAGGGGCUGUUGUGUACUGUAACAGAGCAGCUGAGACUCCGGCUGAGAAGAUUGUUUGUACAUACGAUGGCCACCAUGGACCUGUCUAUGCCAUCCAGAAGAACCCUUUCUUUUCGCAAAAUUUCCUCACCGUGGGAGACUGGGGCGCCCGUAUUUGGUCAGAGGACAUCAAGGAGUCAUCGAUCAUGUGGACGAAGCACCAGACGGCAUACUUAACAGAUGCUUGCUGGAGUCCUGUCAGACCCUCGCUCUUCUUCACCGUGAAGAUGGAUGGUGUGCUGGACAUCUGGGACAUCUUGUUUAAGCAGAAUGACCCCACUCUAAGUGUCAAGGUGCGUGAUGAACCUCUAUGUUGCGUCCAGGUGCAUGAGGCUGGGUCCAAGGUAGUUAGCGGUUCUCAGUUGGGUGUUAUCUCUCUAAUGGAAAUCUCAAAAGGACUGUGCACCCAACAGAAUAAUGAGCAGGCCCUCCUGGGAGAGAUGUUGGAACGUGAGACGAAGCGCGAAAAGAUCCUCAGGGCUCAGAAAGUGAGGGACGAGGCCGGCAACAUGGAGGAAAGUCCAAAGGAGCUGAUCCUCAGACCCGAAUAUGAUUUCUACAAUCUGUUGGAGUCAGAGCAGAGGAGGAAGCAAUGGGAGACGAGACAGCGGAAUUACCCAUAGAGCCGAGAAGCAGACCGCAGAUGCCAGCAGUAGUCCAAGAAGAACUAGCGUAACUUCAACAUGGUGCUCGGCAAGAUGGUCAUGAUUCUCAAAUCCACCAAUAGUUAUUUUGGAAGAGCAACAUUUGGCUUCAACCAGCUUGUGGCUGCAGAUUGUCAUGGUAACAAAAGUCAAACGUCAAAAGUUAUCUUCCAAAUUAUUUUCUAUGCUAAAGCGAGAAAUAUAGAUUUCGAAUCACUGUGUGUCUGACUAAAAUUGUAACGGUAUC